UCACUGAAGCCAGGUACUUAUAGUCAAGCAGGGUUAAGGAGAUGAAAGACCUUAACCAAGUAGUGCUGGAUACUCCUGCCUCCACUUCUACACACACUUUCUGUGUUUUCUGUGUGUCUUGUGGAAUUAAGCUGCCCGCUAUUUGAGCUCCAAGGACAUUUUUUCAGUACUUUUUUGGGGGACGAACCCUUUUCUAUUUUUCUUCUGUUUUUUAUUGUGGGUGAAGAUAAAUCCUUUCACAACAGGCGGAUGGUCAGUCAGGCAGCCAUGCGAGGCCAGCGUGUGGUGGAGAGCGAGUGUAGGUGCUGGAACCCAACCGUCUGGGUCCUGGUGUCUCUGCUGGGAACCCUCGUCUUGGUGGCCUUCAGUGUGUUGCUGCGACUUGGUGACUUGAAAAUAAACAGACGGGCUGUAUCCACCAAUGGCUUACAAACCCCUGCGACGAUGCAGUACCAAGUUCAACUGGUGAAUGGUCAUAACAGGUGUGAGGGCAGAGUGGAGGUGCGCUACAAUGAAUCAUGGGGCACAGUGUGUGACGACGACUGGGACAUGGUGGAUGCCAACGUGGUGUGUCGGCAGCUGGGCUGCGGAGUGGCUGUGGCGGUGGGCAGCAGUUCUAAGUUUGGACAAGGCACAGGGCCCAUCCUGCUGGAUAAUGUGGACUGCAGAGGAAGUGAAACAGACCUCAGCCAGUGUCGUAGUCUGGGCUGGGGCAUCCACAACUGUUACCACUAUGAGGAUGUGGGUGUUACCUGCAGAGAACCAGCAGUGGUGGGGGCAAAAGGUUUUGAGGACCGCACCACACCGCCCCUGGAGAACUCCGGUUUACGAGAUGGCACUGUCCGUCUGAUGAAUGGACAGAACACCUGCCAGGGCCGGGUAGAGAUCUACUACCACGGAAAGUGGGGGACAGUGUGUGACGAUGAUUGGGUCCUCAACAAUGCCCGGGUGGUGUGCCAACAGAUAGGCUGCGGUAGUGCCGUCUAUGCACACACCAACUCCUACUUUGGCUACGGAACCGGCCUGGUUCUCCUGGACAACGUCAACUGCCAAGGCACUGAACCGGACCUGACUAAAUGCAAAAGCCUAGGCUGGGGCAAACACAACUGUGGCCACCAUGAGGACGCUGGGGUCACCUGCACUGGAUCCACUACUGUACCUCCUCCGGUAACACAAAACCAGAGAGGGCUCUGGGCAACAUAUAACACUGAAGCAACCGCUAAAGCUCCAGUCACCAAGGCACUAAGUACAACAACUGUUACCACAACUGCACAGACAAAAGCCAAACCAGCCAUUCGUGUGAUGAAUGGUAACAGUAGCUGCCAGGGCCGUGUAGAGGUCCUAUACAAAAAUGUUUGGGGCACGGUGUGUGAUGAUGACUGGGACAUGACCAACGCCAACGUGGUGUGUAGGCAGCUUGGCUGUGGCCCGGCUAUCGCAGCCAAGGCCCAGGCCUUCUUCGGCUACGGUAACGGCCCGAUCCUCCUGGACAAUGUGGAAUGUAGCGGCUUUGAACUGGAGCUGUCCCAGUGCUUCCACCUGGGCUGGGGUCAGCACAACUGUGGCCAUCAUGAGGAUGCUGGAGUUAUCUGUGCACCUUUUGAAUACUACAUUGCAAAUGGACGUGACUUUAGAGUAACAGAAAGGAUACCUGCCACCACCACCACUGCACCACCCCCCGAAGGAAUGGUAAGACUGGUGGGUGGCCAGCACCAAUGUGAGGGUCGGGUGGAGAUGUACUCGAAUUCUGAAUGGGGCACGGUGUGCGAUGAUGCUUGGGACCUCCCUGACGCCCAGGUUGUGUGUCGUCAACUGGGCUGUGGAGAGGCCACGGCGGCUCGGGGGGAAGCUUUCUUCGGGCCCGGCAAGGGAACAAUCCUGCUGGACAAUCUCAAGUGCAGCGGUGCGGAGGCCUCCCUGAAGGAGUGCUCCCAUAUAUCCUGGAAUGUGCACAACUGUGACCACUCUGAAGAUGCUAGUGUCACCUGCUCACUGUCGUGAUUUCAGCUGAACCACACUCCCAUCUCCACCAUGGGUAGGAAGUGGGCUGGGACUUGUAUACAUUAUGUAAAUAACAGCUUUCACAUUGCUGAUGGAAUACUCCACCACCAACAACAUACAAAAUAACUAAUAUGACAAUAUAUGAUUACAUACUAUAAACUAUCUAUGCCUAUUAAGCACUUUAUAAAUAAAUAUAUGAUAUAAAAUACAAUGUACACUGUUUUUUAUUUGAUAAACAAAGAAAAACAAAGAUUUUAACUGUCUGUCUCUUUUUUUGCCCCUGAAUGAUAAAAUAUUUACUGUACAUGUGAUUCUUUGAUGAUUAAGUAAGGUGUACUGGAAGAAAUCCAUCAGUUGUUAAUUAUGUGGAUAAAAGGACACAUUUUUGUGAA